AUGAAUUUUAAAUUUAACAAAACAUUUCCUUUUUUGGUACCAUUUGGAGUAUUACAAACAUCAAAAGUCUUUUUUUCUAUUACCUUAUUUAUAAUCUUUAUAUGUAUAGAUAAAUAUAUCAAUGGAAUAGAGAUUAUCAAUACAUUAUUGUGUUUUUUUGGUAUAUUUUCCCUCCUAUCUUUAACAGCACAUAUUUUUGGUCUUCAACAUAAUUUAUCAGAUAAAACAGAUGUCUUUUGUUAUAUCCCUCUUGCCUUACUUGAUUUUUUCAUUGGUGUUUUAGCUGCAUUCAUUUAUUCAAUUGGUUUUAUUUUAUUUUUUAUUUCACUCCCUGAACUUUAUGAAUAUUCAACAAAACUUUUUUUUAAAUAUUUUUUUGGUGGUAUUAAUUGUUUACUUCUUAUGAUAACAUAUGGAUUUUAUUCAUUUAAACUUUAUUUAAAAUCACCAAAUCAAAAAACAAUUGGAAUUAAAAGUAUUAUUGUAGAAGCAUAA